UGCCUGCGUCUGCCCUUUUUCCCCCUUGCAGUGGAUGAGACUUGAGAGCUCCACUUCUUCUUCUUCUUCAAUGGUCAUUAUUCUUCACCGUUCAUUAUCCUCCUUUUGAACUUUCUUUUCUCUGCUCAAAUCCUCAUUCUUUGGAGCACUUUGUGCCAGAAAGCCAAUAUUUUCAACUUUUUUCAAUCUCAAAGCUAGAAAAUGGCACCAAGAAACAGUCGUGGGAAGGCCAAGGGAGAGAAAAAGAAAAAGGAAGAGAAAGUUCUUCCAGUUGUCUUGGAUAUCACUGUAAACCUUCCUGACGAAACUCAAGUUAUUCUCAAGGGAAUAUCAACGGACAGGAUAAUAGAUGUUCGUCGGCUUUUAUCAGUGAACACAGAGACUUGUUACAUCACAAAUUUUUCCCUAUCACAUGAGGUGAGAGGGCCACGGUUAAAGGACACGAUGGACGUGUCUGCAUUGAAGCCUUGCGUCCUCACUUUAUUUGAAGAGGAUUACGAUGAAGAGCGAGCAGUGGCCCACGUCAGACGAUUGCUUGACAUCGUGGCAUGCACGACAAGCUUCGGCCCGUCGCCGCCGCCGAGCAAGGAUAGCUCCAAGCCCGAUGCCUCGAAAAACGCGACCUCCACCACUCCGAAGUCUACGAAGUCUCAAGCGCCGCCGCCUCCGGCUGCCGAGACCAACGCCGAUAUGAUCAAGCAAACACCGAAAGACGAGUCGCCAGUUGACGGAGACGGCGAGAUUAGCCACUCCUUGCCUAAGCUCGGGAACUUCUACGAGUUUUUCUCUCUUUCCCAUCUCAUUCCGCCUCUCCAAUAUGUAAAGAGAGCAGUGCGACGGCAAGUUGAAGAGAUAUCAGAGGCUGGUUAUCUCUUCUCACUUGAUGUCAAGCUGUGUAAUGGAAAAGUUGUCCAUGUUGAAGCAUGCAGAAAGGGAUUUUACAGUGCUGGAAAGCAGCGGAUAUUAAGUCACAAUCUCGUUGAUUUGUUACGCCAGCAAAGUAGAGCUUUUGACAAUGCCUAUGAUGAUCUCAUGAAAGCAUUUUCAGAGCGUAACAAGUUUGGGAACCUCCCAUAUGGCUUCAGAGCCAACACAUGGCUUGUUCCUCCUGUUGCAGCACAAUCACCGGCAGCAUUCCCUCCUCUUCCUAUGGAAGAUGAAAAUUGGGGAGGAAAUGGUGGUGGUCUUGGAAGAGACGGAGAAUGUGAUUUGAUUCCAUGGGCAACUGAAUUUUCAUUUAUUGCAUCUAUGCCUUGCAAGACAGCAGAAGAAAGGCAGGUUCGAGACAGAAAGGCAUUCCUUCUUCAUAGCUUAUUCGUUGAUGUUGCCAUUUUCAGAGCCAUUAAGGCUGUUCAGCAUGUAAUGGGACAGCUGCAUUUAAUCUGUUCUGAUGUAGACAAUGAUAUUCUUUACACUGAGAGAGUAGGUGACUUGAGUAUCAGGGUUCUCAAAGAUGCUUCUGUUGCAAGCUGUAAGAUUGAUACUAAAAUUGAUGGAGUUGCAGCCACCGGUGUGGGCCAAAAGGAUCUGGUAGAACGAAAUCUUCUGAAAGGGAUUACUGCUGAUGAGAAUACUGCUGCCCAUGAUAUUAUGACAUUAAGUGUCAUCAGUUUGAGAUAUUGUGGUUACAUAGUUGUUGUGAAAGCUGAGGGUGGAGAGAGCGAAAUUGUUAAUUCUUCAUCUCAACACAUUGAAAUACUUGAUCAGCCAGAAGGUGGUGCCAAUGCACUCAACAUUAACAGUUUGAGGUUACUUCUUCACCACACACCACAGUCAGAGAACAAUAGGCCAAUAAUACAAGCACGUGAAGAACUUGGUGCUUCCCAAGCUUUUGUGGAAAGACUGAUUAAAGAAAGCCUUGCCAAGCUUCAGGAAGAGGAGCCUAAUUUGGACAAUUUUGUGAGAUGGGAACUUGGGGCCUGUUGGAUACAACAUUUGCAGGACCAAAACAAUGCAGAAAAAGAUAAAAAACCAUCUUCUGAGAAGGCUAAGAAUGAAAUGAAGGUUGAGGGUCUUGGGAAACCCCUUAAAGUUCUCAAGAAUAACAAAAAGAAAUCUGAUUUAAACAAUCAUAAAUUGGAGCCUGAGAAUUCAAGAUCUCAUGCGCGUGUUAAUGGGGAGGUUGAAAGUACCCAGUUGCCCUCAAUAGAAUCCCAGAAUCAAGCUACAGCAGCAGAAAAUGAGCUUGUGCUGAAGGGCAUGUUGCCUGAAGCAGCUUUUUCUCGGUUAAAGGAAUCAGGAACUGGACUUCACUGCAAGUCUAUGCAAGACCUGAUUGACAUGUCUCAGAAAUAUUACACAGAUGUUGCUCUCCCAAAAUUGGUGGCAGACUUUGGCUCAUUGGAACUUUCUCCAGUUGAUGGUCGCACCCUAACUGAUUUUAUGCAUACUAGGGGUCUAAGGAUGCGUUCUCUUGGACAUGUUGUGAAACUUUCAGAAAAAUUGUCACAUGUGCAAUCACUGUGUAUUCAUGAGAUGAUAGUUCGAGCUUUUAAGCACAUCUUGCAGGCUGUGAUUGCUGCUGUUACUGAUAAAGAGAAAUUGGCUGUAUCAAUAGCUGGUGCACUGAACGUGUUGCUUGGUGUUCCCAAAAAUGAAGAAUCAUAUAAAUCAUGCAAUAUCCACCCUCUGGUUUGGAAAUGGCUGGAGGUUUUUUUGAAGAAACGAUAUCAUUGGUAUCUUAGCAGCUCAAGCUACAGAGAUGUGAGGAAGUUUGCAAUUCUACGUGGGUUGUGUCACAAGGUGGGUAUUGAGCUUGUUCCAAGGGAUUUUGAUAUGGAUUCUCCAACUCCAUUCCAUAAAUCUGAUAUUGUCAGCUUGGUCCCGGUUCACAAGCAAGCAGCUUGCUCUUCUGCAGACGGAAGGCAACUACUAGAGUCAUCCAAAACAGCUUUAGACAAGGGAAAGCUUGAAGAUGCAGUUACCCAUGGGACAAAGGCUCUUGCCAAGCUGGUUGCAGUUUGUGGCCCCUAUCAUCGGAUGACAGCAGGAGCAUAUAGCCUGCUUGCUGUAGUUUUAUAUCACACUGGAGACUUUAAUCAGGCCACAAUUUAUCAACAAAAAGCCUUGGAUAUCAAUGAGAGAGAAUUAGGCCUGGAUCACCCAGAUACGAUGAAGAGUUAUGGGGAUCUUGCAGUUUUCUAUUACAGACUUCAACAUACAGAGCUGGCUCUGAAGUACGUAAAGCGUGCUCUAUAUCUUCUGCAUCUGACCUGUGGCCCAUCUCAUCCAAAUACUGCUGCCACUUAUAUUAAUGUGGCUAUGAUGGAGGAAGGUCUCGGAAAUGUGCAUGUUGCCCUUAGAUAUCUCCACAAAGCUUUGAAGUGCAACCAACGGUUGCUUGGUCCAGAUCAUAUUCAGGAUGGUUCUCUGCAGACAGCUGCAAGUUAUCAUGCAAUAGCCAUAGCUCUCUCAUUGAUGGAGGCAUACCCAUUGAGCGUGCAGCAUGAGCAAACAACUUUGCAAAUUCUGCGGGCAAAACUUGGCCCAGAUGAUUUGCGCACACAGGAUGCGGCUGCUUGGCUUGAGUAUUUUGAGUCCAAGGCUUUUGAGCAGCAAGAAGCUGCACGAAAUGGUACUAGAAAACCUGAUGCUUCAAUUGCUAGUAAAGGCCACUUAAGUGUCUCGGAUCUCCUUGACUACAUUAAUCCCAAUAAUGAUGCCAAAGGGAGAGACAUUGCAAUGAAGAGAAGAAGUCAUACAGCAAAGCUACGGGUGAAAUCCUACCAAAACAUUGGCUUUGCAAGUUCUGAUGAGUCUUCAAAGGAAACGCCAAAAGAGCCUUCGGAUGAAGAGACCUCUACAACUGAACCAGGAGGUGGGGCAGAUGCUGAGCAGGAGAUGAACUCGGCACCUGAGUCAGAACAGCCAAAUUUAGAGAAGACUACUGAUGAGAAGCUGAGAGUUUCUGGCGAAAUUUUGGCUGAUGCACACGCUGAUGGGGAGGACGGGUGGCAACCAGUCCAAAGACCAAGAUCAACUGGAUCAUAUGGCCGGAGACUGAAGCAAAGACGGGCUGCAGUUAGCAAGAUUUAUAGUUACCAGAAGAAGAAUGCGGAGGUUGACAUGGAUUAUCCUUUGAAUAAGGGUACAAAUCAGAAUAGCAGGUUUUACUUUUUGAAAAAGCGAACCAUAUCCCAUGGGGUUUAUACAGAUAACCAAAAUGUGAACAUCACCCAAGGCAAUAAAUAUGGAAGGAAAGUAGUCAAAGCUGUUACAUACAGGGUGAAGUCCAUACCUUCAUCCAGUGCAACUAGUGCAAAGGAUACAUCGGGAACUGGUGACAAGCUAUUUAGUUCUCAUUUGGAACCUGAUUCAAAUUCUACGCCUAAUGAUGCUAAUCCAACGAAGGCUUCAAUUGUUAGUCUUGGAAAAUCUCCUUCAUACAAGGAAGUAGCGGUGGCUCCACCAGGUACAAUUUCCAUGUUGCAGGUCUGUAAUCCUCAGAGUGAGAUUUCUAGUAGUGAUGGACUUGAUGUUGGCAAACAUUACGAGGAAGAAGUUACUGAAGCAAAUUCAAAUGUUAAUACAACCACAGAAAUGGUCAAUGAUAAACUAGAAGAGAAGGAAAAUUCCUUAUCAGAUUCUGUGGAGGAUUCACAAGAGGAUAAUAAAGUUACUAAGGAGAAAGAGGAAACUCAACUGACUGAUGCUGUGGAAGAUAAGUCUGAGAGUGUUGAGGGACUUGAAGCUGGAGAUGUUGAUGAUCAUGAAGCAGUUGAUAAUACCAUAGAGAUUGAUGUAGUCAGUGAUAUUGUGGAUUCUCACAGACAAGAACCUGAUGCAAAUGAUUCAUCUGGUGCCUUUGAAUUGUGUAGCCCGCUAUCCCCAUCAAAAUCCCAUGUUAAUACAAAUGUCAUCUCACAAGAAGGUGAAGAUUUGAGGCAUAAUAUACCACCAUCAAGCCCAAGUGAUGUACGUGGCAUCCCAUACAAGAAAUUGUCUGCAUCUGCAGCUCCUUUUAACCCAUCACCAGCUAUUGCACGUGCUGCACCACUUCCCAUGAACAUAACCCUUCCUUCUGGUCCUGGUGCUGUUCCAACAAUUGGCCCCUGGCCAGUAAACAUGAAUGUUCACCCUGGGCCUGGAACUGUGCUACCUACAGUUAACCCAAUAUGUUCAUCUCCUCAUCAUGCAUACCCAUCGCCUCCUCCAACACCAAAUAUGAUUCAACCAUUGCCUUUUAUAUAUCCUCCUUAUACUCAACCUCAACCAGUGCCAACUAGCACCUUUCCAGUCACCAGUACUGCCUUUCAUGCCAAUCAUUUCACAUGGCAAUGUAACGUGAACCCUAGCAUAUCCAAGUUUGGUCCCAAUGCUGUUUGGCCCGGUAUUCAUCCUCUGGAAUUUCCGCAUCCAGCACCUGUGAUUCAACCAAUACCUGAUUCUACUAUGGAACAACAAGUGCAGUCUCAUGGUUCUGAAAGUCCAAGUUCAGCUUCAGUUUUGCCUGAAGAUAUUAAUAAUCUAAAGGAAUCUAAGAAAGAGGUGAUAGUUUUAGCUCCAGAAACUAGCGGAGAUGAGGUGGUCAGACUAGGUUCAGAAACUAUCCAGGAAAAUGGUAAUCCAAGUUACAAUGGGAAUGAAGCUGCGGGGAACAAGCUAAGUCACAUUGGCUCAAACGAUUACACUAGUGGUAGCAAUAAGAACACAGAUAACGAGAAAACCUUCAGCAUUUUGAUUAGGGGGAGAAGAAACCGAAAGCAGACUCUGAGAAUGCCAAUAAGUUUGCUCAAUCGACCCUAUGGCUCACAAUCAUUUAAAGUUUUUUAUAACCGUGUGGUUAGAGGAAGUGAUUCCCCCAAGUCCAUCAACAUCUCUUCCGGUAAAGAUUGUACAGCAACUGCAUAAUCUGCACUGUUCUCAAGUGUUUCUAAGGAAAUGUAGCAGAAUAAUUUGCAGACAGAGAAGAAAGAGGCCUUAUAAUUUCAGAUACAAAGUUUGAAGUGAUAGUUCGAUAAUUAUUAGCAUUUUGAAUCGCAGAAUGCUCUUCCUUGUCAACUUUGUAGCUGCACUGACUUUUGGGGAGAUUCUGUUUAGAUUUGACUUAGCCUGAAUUAUAUUCAGUCACAAAAUAUUUCAGACAAAUUCUUGAGAUGGAGGACUGGAGGCUUCUCUUCAAUCUGAGGAUAGUAGUUGCACGUAGAACAGUUUUCAUGCAAGUCAGCUUCAUAAUAUUUUGCAUUUGGACCAAUACAGGAAGUCGAACAGUAGCUGCAGCUAAAAUCAGUUCAUAUAUGGACUUUGAUGCUUCUACCCCGCAUGUAGAUCCUCUGUAUUUCAUUGAUCGACCUACAUAUUUGCCCCGUAUGCUACCAUCACUAUUCAAUUUUAAGGAUUCAGGGUCACCUUUAAGGUUUGCAUAUCAUAUGGGAUAUAUUCUGAUAUGGUGGUGGAAGGAAACUUUGAUAGUUUGUGUUCUUGCAACUGCUUUCUGAUGCAAGGCCACUACGUCGGCCAUUAUCAGCUGCAAAUGCUAUGAUUUUGAAGUCCAAGACCUGAUUCAGAACACAGAAGCCUACAAAGGAUGGCCAUAUCUGAAUCCAAGAUAUCAAAUUUGCCAUUCAUGGACUACAGACAAAUAUGAGAUCCAAGGCCAGAAAAAAAAUGUCGCUUACAAGACUCUUUAGAGUCAAAAAUGAGAGAGGAAGUGUUAAAGAUAACUGAGGCAGUUGACAGGUUUUAGUCUCUUACAUUUGAAGGUUGCAUUGCAGUUGGGUGGUGGGGAUAGUGUUUGGUACACGCACAGAAUCAUUAGAUCAUCACUUUCUAUUCUUGAUAACUCAACUUCUACCAUACUGUGACAACUUUUUUCCUGAUAUUCAUAUCUGAAUUCAAUUCAGAUACACAGUGCAUUAAUGAUGAUAUUCAAAUAUGUUAAGAAAGAUUAUGACACUGGAAAUAUUUGAGGAUCU